CAAUCCUAGCUGAGUCAGUUUGACCUUUGACGAGUCUGUAUAUUCACAAAGCGAUUCGCCUGUUGAUGUAGAGGCAACGUAUAAACAAAACAUACUUACUUCUAUCAUGAUAUCCUACAUUCUUCUGGGCAGCUUUGCUUUUUUGUUGUAUGUUUUUAUCAAAAAAUAUACGAAUGAGAAAUCAAGGAUAGUCGCAAAAAUCCCAGGACCUAAAGGAAUACCAAUAUUCGGGAAUGCACUCCAAGUUUACCUUCAACACAUUCAUAAUGAUUUACUAAGAUGGGCUGAGGAGUAUGGACCUAUCUUCAAGCUGAAUUUUGCCGGGGAAUUGGUUGUUGUACUAAACAGCUUUGAUGCCAUCUACGAUGCUCUCGUUACAAAAUCAGCAGAUUUUGCAGGUCGACCAAAUGACACCUUCAGAAUUAAAAGAUUAUUUGAAGACGACGAUGUCAUAUUUCAAGACUAUACGGAUAAAGUGAGAUACAUGAAGAAACUCAUGCUCCAGGGCCUCAAGAUGUUCGGUGAGGAACGUUCGAAUUUAAUCAAGAUCACCCAAAGUGAAAUAAACUUGUGUAUAGACAAAUUUGCCGCCAAAGGUGAUAAGCCGUUCAAUUAUGACGACGCUGUAGAUAUGAUGAUCUUGAAGAGUCUUGCAGAAGUGAUAGGCGGAAUGCAGUUUACAGACGAGCAUCCUUAUAUGAAACUUGGUGCUGAGAUGACAGAGUCAGGUGUAAAAGUACUGUCAGCAGGCAAUGGUUUAGAGCUAGACAUGUUUCCAUGGUUACGAUUUUUUGGAAAUCAAAAUUAUAAACUAAUGAUGGAAUCGUAUAGAUUGAGAGAUACUAUAAUUACAGGAAUGCGGCAAGACUGUGAGACAUCGCUUGAAUCCAACAACAGCAUCAUGGGAGUGUUUAUAAAAGCCCAAAGAGACCCCUUAUCAUCGCACCAAAUAUCAGAUUCUAACAUCACGAAGGCGUCGGAUAUACAGGCAAAACUUCAAAAAGAGGUUGAUCAAGUAGUUGGCAAAGACCGGGAUCCGAGUAUUGACGAUAAAGAAAACAUGCCGUACCUUCAAGCGACGCUUAUUGAAGUAUUACGGUAUUUGACGCCCGGACCAAUCUCUAUUCCUCAUAAAACCUUAGUGGACACAAGCAUUGAAGGAUACGCUAUCCCAAAGGGUAUACAGGUGUGGACAAACUUAUUUGCGAUGCAACACGAUCCGGUCUUGUUCCCAGAUCCUUGGCAGUUUAAGCCAGAACGUUGGUUGGAAGAUGAUGGCAACUUGGUCUCUUUGGAGAAACGAAACAAAGCUUUUUUAUUUGGAGCUGGCCGACGUAUUUGUGUCGGGGAACAAUUUGCAAGAACCAGAUUAUUCCUGUUCUGUGCUAAAUUAAUGCAGAAAUUCACGAUUUGUCCGCCAGAUGGCUCUCAGAUUCCGUCACCUGACUCGCGUGGCUUUCCCCUGGGACUGGUUCUCCAUCCUGUUCCAUUUCAGAUCAAAGCAAUAUCGAGACGAUAAAUCAACGUUUGUGGUUACUAUAUGGAUUGGUUUAAAAGUAUAAAAAUACUGAUGGAGGCGAGGGCACCAGGGGGUAAUUGAUAUUUUAGCCGUUUGUUAUCUUUAAAUUCCGUUUCUAAAUGAACACGUGAAAGGAUUCAAAUGCUAAAAGUAAUAUUAUAUCUAUAUUAUGGUUUUAUCUUAAAUAAUUCUUUGUAAAAUGAAAGUGAAAGAUUAGGGAAAUGUUAUGGGAUGGAUGUUAUACUAUAGAUUUCGCUAUCAAGAGCACCGAUCUGUCAUGACGUAUGUUAUCAUAGUAUAGUAUAAUGUGUCGAGGAUAUCAGAAUAUGCUGAUUUAUUUCAGAGCUAUUUAAUUUAUCCAUUGCCAUUUUAAAUACAAAUAGCAA